AUGCCAUUCCACUUCCCUCACUUCCCUCACCACCAGCACCACGUCUCCGACCCUCAGUUCACCCACGACAACUACUACAGCGCCGUCAAUGCCAUCUACUCUGCUGGCCAGACUGUGACCUCUGCUGGUGCCCCCAACCCUCACUACGUGGAAAACCACCCCAAUCCGCCCACCACGGCUCCCGAAUCCAGAUCCUACCUCCCCCAGUCCCAGCCAAACACCAAUGGCAAUGGUACCGUGAUCCCAUACCGCCCCGGUCCUCCUCCGUCCGCGUAUACGAGUGUGCAAGAGGCCCAGCCUGGCCAAUACCAGCCAGGGCUGAGGCGGUCUCUGACGAUCGGUCGCCAACAGGCCGACGAGCUGCAUUUGAAUCAGCAGGGAACGGCGAUGAGCGACGUCCACCACUAUGGUGCACCGCCAGCUUAUACAGGAGAAGGACUAUCUAUCAAAAUCGAGCCCUCCACGCCUCAACACCCCAGCAGCGUCGCCAGUCAGUCUGUCCCGGGCACACUGCAACCAGGUCUUGCGACCAGACCUGCGACUCUAGCGGCCAGCAACACCGCCCCAAGUCUACCUACUUUACCUCAGAUAUCCACUCAGAUGCAGCAGCAGCAGCAGCAACAACAACAACAACAUCAACAACAUCAACAACAACAACAACAACAACCACAGCCUCCUCUUUCCGCAAGACCAACAACGCUCAACCACACUCACUCAUACUCACGGUCCAGCCCCGGCGCCAUGGACCAACCCAAAUACAAGCCUUUCUCGGAUACUCCUGAUCAGAGCAAAUAUCCGUCCGGCGCAAACUCAUACGUCCCACAGACUCCACAAGGGCCACCCUCAUAUUCUCCUCUCGGCCUGGCGGACAUCAGAACGAGGACAGACCCGACUUUCGCAGAUAUACCUUUCAGUCCGGGAGUGGCUCAGGAGAACGACAUUGUACAGUAUCCCCAGAAUAGCAAUUAUACCGCGCCUUGGCCCAUUUAUGCGGUUGAUUGGUGUAAAUGGCCUCCGCGGUCCAGCAACGGUUCGGCGGGUAAAGUAGCCAUUGGCAGCUAUCUGGAAGACAAUCACAAUUAUAUUCAAAUAUUGGACACUCAAAGAUCGCAAAUAGACCCAGACAACCCGCACGGUGAGCGAGGGUUGGAGUUUAUCAAAACCGCGGAAGCUACACAUGCGUAUCCCGUGACAAGGAUAUUAUGGGAACCACCUUCAUCGAAUAAGCAGACGACCGAUCUAUUAGCAACCUCCGGCGACCAUCUUCGACUGUGGUCGCUGCCGAAUGACCAACACGCGUAUCAGUCGAACUCAGUCACACGCUCAUCGACCAACACGACCCCUCCACUACAAAAGUUGUCACCCCUUGCCUUACUUUCCAACUCGAAAUCACCCGAACACACUGCCCCCAUCACGUCGCUGGAUUGGAACGUGGUCCAGCCCUCGCUGAUUAUCACCUCGUCAAUCGACACGACCUGCACCAUCUGGGACAUCCCCACGCUUACGGCCAAGACACAGCUCAUUGCGCACGACAAAGAAGUCUACGAUGUGCGUUUUUGCGCCAACAGCGUGGAUGUGUUUGUUUCGUGUGGUGCGGAUGGAAGUGUGAGGAUGUUCGAUCUCAGAAGUCUCGAACACAGCACCAUUAUCUAUGAGCCGUCAGAGAAGCAGCAGCAGCAGGAGAAGAACUCACAGCUUGCCGACGCUCUCUCUGCUUCGCCGACUCGGGCCUCUGGUUCCGGCGGGAUAUCAACGCUGCCUUUCCCACCUCCUUUACUUCGCAUCGCGGCUUCUCCCCAUGACGCUCACCUACUCGCCACAUUUAGCCAAGACUCCAACAUUAUACGUGUUCUGGACGUUCGACAACCCGGCCAGGCUUUACUUGAAUUGAAAGGACACGCGGCCGCCGUCAACUGCAUCGACUGGAGUAAUUCACAGCGCGGUGUACUGGCUUCCGGCGCUGACGACUGCUGUGUGCUGCUCUGGGACCUGAUGGGCUCGAGUGCGUCGACUGGACAAAACGUCGUGCCAGGCGGGGUAACGAACAAUACUAGCGGGGGACAGGGACAAGAAAGAGGCCCUUCGGCCGUCUGGGAAUGUAAGUAUGAGGUGAGCAAUCUGAGUUGGGCUCCGACGGCGGGAACACUAGGGGUCUGCGGUGGUAAAGGAUUUUGGGGCGUGCAGUUAUGA